AUGAAAGGAAAGCAUCAAGGUGUACAAAAGAGAUUUUUAGACGUUAACCCGAGAGCCUUCUAUACUUCUUGUGGCUUUCAUAGUCUUAAUUUGGCAUUGUGUGAUAUGGCUAACUCUUAUAAUAAAGCUAGGAUUUUUUUUGGAGUUGUUCAACGCAUCUAUACAAUUUUUGCCAAUUCUACUAAGAGAUUGCAAAUUUUGAAAGAUAGUGUAAAAGGGUUGACUCCAAAAUCGUUGUCAUCCACUCGUUGGGAGAGUCAGGUAGAAAGUGUCAAAGCUAUAAGAACACAAAUGUCUGAUUUUACAGAAGCUUUACUUGAAGUGUCAGAAAAUGAUCUCGAUCCUAAAAUACAAAAUGAAGCCAAAUCCUUAGCAACAAAUGAGCUUGGUGAUUUUGAGUUUUUGAUGGCUAUAAUUAUCUGGUUUGAAAUAUUAUCUGCAAUUAAUUUUGUUAGUAAGCUUUUACAAGAAAAGGAUAUGCUUAUUGAUGUUGCUAUGGAAAAAAUAAAGGGAUUGAUUUCAUUUUUUGAGGGAUAUAGAGAAACAGGUUUUUAUAAGGCACUGAUUAGUGCUAAGGAAAUUGCGGUUGAAUUGAAUAUCGCCCCAACAUUUCCUCAAAGGCGUAUAAUUAAAAGAAAAAGACAGUUUGAUGAGAAUUUGAGUACUCCAGCAGUCGAGCUAUCUGAAGAGGAAUCUUUUAGGGUUAAUUAUUUUCUUUACCUUGUUGAUCAAGUUGUUGUUUCUUUGAAUAAGAGAUUUGAGCAAUACCAAGAGUAUGAAAGUACUUUUGGUUUCUUGUUUAUUUCUCACAAGUUACAAUCAUUGGAUGAUGCAACUUUAAAGUCUUGUUGUAGUAACUUUGAAAGAGUAUUGAAACAUAAUGAGCAAUCUGAUAUUGAUGAGAGUGAAUUUUUUGCGAAGUUAAAGUCACUUAGAGAAAUGUUUCCGGAAGAAAUUAUAAAUCCUACUGAUAUAUUAUUAUUUUUGAAAGGCUUGGAUUGUUUUCCUAAUACAAUUAUUGCAUAUAGAAUUUUAUUGACUAUUCCUGUGAUAGUUGCUUCUGCGGAAAGAAGUUUUUCAAAAUUGAAGUUAUUAAAGACUUACUUGUGGUCUACCAUAUCACUAGAAAGACUUAAUGGAUUGACAUUGAUAGCUGUUGAAAAUGAUCUUUCGAAGAGAGUAAAAUAUGAAGACCUAGUUGAUGAUUUUGCUUCAAAAAGUGUUAGGAGAAAGGCUCUUUUUAAUUAG